UACGAUCUUGGAGCUUUUAAAGUGUCAGCUAAGAUGGUGCGGGUGACCGUCCUAAAUGAUGCUCUCAAGAGCAUGUACAAGGCUGAGAAACGGGGAAAGCGGCAAGUCAAGAACAGACCAUCUUCAAAAGUCAUGAUCAAGAUCCUCCUUGUCAUACAAAAGCAUGGCUAUAUUGGUGAAUUUGAGUAUAUUGAUGAUCACAGAGCAGGUAAGAUUGUGGUAGAACUGAAUGGACGCCUAAAUAAAUGCGGUGUCAUUAGCCCCAUGUUUGAUGUUGGUGUUAAAGAUAUUGAACCAUGGACUGCAAGGUUACUCCCUUCCCGUCAGUUAGGGUACAUAGUGCUCACAACAUCAGCAGGCAUCAAGGAUCAUGAGGAAGCUAGGAGGAAGAAUGUUGGAGGAAAGGUUCUAGGGUUCUUUUACUAAGACUAAAGUUUUCCCAGUGGAUGGAGUCUCAUUUAUAUGGUACAAUGUAUUUCGGAAGAAAAUUUUUAAAGAUUUUGUAGCAAAACCAAUCUUUUGAAUGCAGACUAAUCAUUUGAUCGUUAGAUA